CCCCGGUAAAAACAGAGGCUCCCCCCUCCCCCCCACCUCGCCGCCGCGGCGCCUCCUACACCUCCACCUCCACCUCCACCUCCACCUCCAGUCCAGGCCUCCACACGGCCCACGCAACCGGAACAAGAAGAGGAGAAAAAGGACACAUCGGCGGAACGCAUCUCGUGCUCGUCCCGCCCGGAUCCCCCCGCCCCAUGCGCACGGCGCCGUCGUGGUCCUAGCAGCAGCCAUGAGCCUCGCCUCCCUCGCCCGCGCCGCCGCCCGGUCCGCGCGCUCCUCCCGCCCGCGCCAGGGUUUCUCCCUGGGCGGGCUCCGGGCGCCGCCAUCGCCGCCGCUCCCGCCGGCCCACGGCGGGGACGCCGGGCCGCUCGGGCUCGUGCGCGGGUACCUGACGGCGUCGCUGGGGAGCCCUGCCGCGGUCAAGACCUCGGAGUGGAGGUACCUCCUCGCCAGCCCGCAGUUCCGCAGGCUCUUCUGCAGCGGCUCUAAGAAGAAUUACGAGAAUUACUACCCCAAGGGGAAGAAGGAGGCGCCCAAAGGGGAUGGGAGCAACAAGGAUUCCAAGCAGGAAUCCGAUACAGAUGGUCAAUGGAAUUUCCAGGAUGGUACUUUCAAGCAGCUGCAGAACUUCUUGGGACCUCUAUUGCUUUUAGGCCUGAUGUUCUCAUCCUUGUCUUCAAGCUCAUCAGACCAGAAGGAGAUAAGCUUCCAAGAAUUCAAGAACAAGUUACUGGAACCUGGCCUGGUUGAUCGUAUUGUUGUUUCAAAUAAAUCAGUGGCGAAGGUCUACGUCAGGACUACACCACAGACGAACGGCCAAAGCCAAAAUACUGAUACACAGAUUACGACCGUAGAUGUUCCAGGCAGACAGGCUCCCAGCAAAUACAAGUAUUUCUUCAAUAUUGGAAGUGUCGAGUCGUUUGAAGAAAAGUUAGAGGAAGCCCAGGAAAAUUUGGGUAUAGAUUCACAUGAUUAUGUUCCAGUAACUUAUGUUGCUGAAGUAAAUUGGUUCCAAGAAGUGAUGAGAUUUGCCCCAACAGCGUUCCUUGUUGGACUACUAUAUUUUAUGGGGAAAAGGAUGCAGAGUGGAUUUAAUAUUGGAGGUGGUCCUGGGAAGGGUAGCCGUGGUAUCUUUAACAUUGGAAAAGCAACAGUAACAAAGAUGGACAAAAAUUCUAAAAAUAAGGUGUUUUUUAAGGAUGUAGCAGGCUGUGAUGAAGCUAAACAAGAAAUAAUGGAGUUUGUGCAUUUCCUUAAAAAUCCCAAGAAGUAUGAAGAGUUGGGAGCUAAGAUACCCAAAGGUGCCCUGCUUGUAGGUCCUCCUGGAACUGGAAAGACUCUACUUGCUAAAGCUACAGCAGGAGAAUCUGGUGUGCCCUUUAUGUCCAUUUCUGGUUCCGAUUUCAUGGAAAUGUUCGUAGGUGUUGGACCAUCCAGGGUAAGAAACUUAUUCCAAGAGGCUCGGCAGUGUGCACCUAGUAUUGUAUUUAUUGAUGAGAUCGAUGCAAUCGGUCGCGCAAGAGGCCGUGGAGGUUUUUCUGGUUCAAAUGAUGAGCGAGAAAGUACUUUGAACCAGCUGCUUGUAGAGAUGGAUGGAUUUGGUACAACUGCUGGUGUUGUUGUUCUUGCUGGUACAAAUAGACCUGACAUCCUUGACAAGGCACUGCUAAGGCCUGGAAGAUUUGAUCGCCAGAUAACAAUUGACAAACCAGAUAUAAAGGGCCGUGAUCAGAUAUUCCGCAUAUAUCUUACAAAACUUAAACUGGACAAUGACCCAACAUAUUUUUCGCAAAGGCUAGCUGCUUUGACACCUGGGUUUGCUGGAGCUGACAUUGCGAAUGUUUGUAAUGAAGCUGCUUUGAUUGCUGCAAGAACCGAUGAAACUCAGAUUACAAUGCAGCAUUUUGAGUCUGCAAUUGAUAGGAUUAUUGGUGGUUUAGAGAAGAAAAACAAGGUAAUUAGCAAACUGGAGCGACGUACUGUUGCUUACCAUGAAGCUGGGCAUGCUGUUGCCGGAUGGUUUUUAGAACAUGCAGAGCCUCUUCUGAAAGUUACAAUUGUUCCCCGUGGAACAGCUGCUUUAGGCUUUGCACAGUAUGUACCAAAUGAAAAUCUUUUGAUGACAAAGGAACAGCUCUUUGAUAUGACAUGCAUGACGUUAGGUGGCCGAGCUGCGGAGGAGGUUUUGAUCGGAAGAAUCUCGACUGGUGCCCAGAAUGAUCUGGAGAAAGUUACAAAGAUGACAUAUGCGCAAGUUGCUGUGUAUGGUUUCAGUGAUAAGGUUGGUCUUCUAUCCUUCCCUCAGCGGGAGGAUGGCUUUGAAAUGAACAAGCCUUACAGCAACCAGACCGCAUCCAUCAUCGAUACUGAGGUGAGGGAAUGGGUCGCCAAGGCCUACAAAAGAACAGUCGACCUAUUAACUGAGAAGAAGGAACAAGUUGCUCUCAUCGCGGAGUUGCUGCUCGAGAAGGAGGUCCUCCACCAGGACGAUCUGACCAGGGUAUUAGGAGACCGCCCCUUCAAGGCAGCCGAGCUAACAAACUACGACCUCUUCAAGCAGGGGUUCCAGGACGAAGAGGGCAAGACUACAGAGCCCGCCAAGAAUGCCGAGGUGCCUGAUGACGACGGGCCGGCCGCUGCGCUUCCUGAUGUCGUCGUGCCGACGUAGAAAUCCAGGGCGAACAUCUACCCCGCUGUACAUCGCAUGCUCUCAUCCGAUAGACACUGGUUUUGUUGUUGCAGCAUAAGAAGAAAAAACUGUAUAAAUCAGCGCCCUCGUCUAAAAAAUCAGCCAUGCCAGUUUUAUUUAUUAGCUGGAAGGAAUGCAGUAGGCUUUCCGCACCUGGCAUGGCCCUGUUGUUCUUCAGUACGAUGAGCUGGUCGAGGUUCAUGCUCUGAGCUUGUAUUGGCGUCGCCAGACGUUUUUGACGGAUCCUGUAUUUCUCAUGAUUUUACUAUAAAGAAGAUUUCGUCGACCUUCAA